ACAACGCAACUCUACCUCAAGCCAGAUGAAAUAGGCAAAGCAGUUUUGUCCAAAUUUCCAUGUGGAUCAGGAAAACAAGAAUCUGCACACGUGCUUGACCGUCACUGGUUCAUCGCUCCUCGGGUUUUAUGCCUGCAUAUACUUUACCCAACAUUUUGCCGUUAACGCUGCAUACCAAGGAUGGAAACGGACAAUUUUACCCCGAGUCAGCCAAACAAUGAUUUGGUCAAAUUGGAGGAAGCGGUGUGCAGCGAACACAGUGGCAAUUGUUACGACGUGAGGAAAAGGUUGAACGACAUUGCUUUCUGGGGCUUGGGAAGGACGGACUCAAAGGACGUGAGGGUGUUGUCUGAUAACAAUGCGGCAUUCCGAACCCAGCCUGCCGGACACGAGGACUUCUUGCACGACAUCUUCAAGGUCGUCAUGGAAGACAUUGUCCAGAAGGCCGGAGAUCGCGAGAGCAAGGUCGAUGAAUGGAUGGCUCCUGAAGAGUUGUCUGCCAAGAUGGAUCUGGAGCCUCAGCCAACGAGCGAGAGCAAUGACCAGCUGUUGGACAGGGUCAAGGAAGUCAUCAAAUACAGCGUCCGAACCGGCCAUCCUCACUUCAUCAACCAACUGUUCUCCAGCCUUGACCCCUACGGUCUUGCAGGUCAGCUCGUGACUGACGCUCUCAACUGCAGUCUCUACACCUACGAAGUCGCUCCCGUCUUUACCGUCAUGGAACUGGCAGUGAUGGCGAAGAUGCGACAACUGAUUGGCUACGAGGGCGGAGACGGCAUCUUCGCUCCUGGCGGAUCCAUUGCCAACAUUAUGGCCGUGAGCUGCGCCCGACAUAUGGCGUUCCCGGAGACAAAGAAGCGGGGUCUUUUCGGGUUGCCGCAGUUGGUGUUGUACACGUCGGAGCUCGCCCAUUUCUCAAUCACGAAAGCAGGAUUUCUUCUCGGCCUUGGGGAGGAUAACAUCAGACUGGUCAAGACUGACUCUCAAGGCCGGAUGAUUCCCGAUGACCUCAAGGCCCAGAUUGAGGACACGAAACAACAGGGUGCACGUCCCUUCCUGGUUGUGGCCACAGCGGGAACAACAGUGUUUGGCGCCUUCGACCCCAUCAACGACAUCGCGGACGUGUGCGUUGCUAAUGGUUUAUGGCUUCACGUUGACGGUGCGUGGGGAGGCGGCGUCCUCAUGUCCCGACGUCACCGUGGGCUGAUGGAAGGAGUGGAUCGGGCGGACUCGGUCACGUGGAACCCCCAUAAACUUCUAGGCGCACCACAACAGUGUGCAACACUCCUCACGAAACACGAAGGAGUGCUGCUGGCGGCUCACAGCGCCAAGGCGUCCUACCUCUUCCAACCAGACAAGUUCUACGACGUCAGUUACGACACCGGCGACAAGACUUUACAGUGUGGUCGCAAGGUGGACGUCUUCAAGUUCUGGCUCAUGUGGAAAGCCAAGGGUACACAGGGUUUGGAACAACACGUCAACACACUGUUCGACAACACCAAGUAUUUCGUAAAAAGACUGAAAGUGCGUGAAGGCUUCCAGUUGGUUGUCUCAGAACCACAACUGACCAAUGUCUGCUUCUGGUACAUCCCACCAUCACUGAGGAAAGUCCCCGAUGGCCCAGAAUUCCGUGCUCGACUCCACAAGGUGGCGCCACUUGUCAAGGAGCGCAUGCUCCGUGCAGGGUCCAUGAUGAUCACUUACCAACCACAGAAGGACCAUGUCAACUUCUUCCGGUUGGUGCUGCAGAGUUCGGGGACAACGUUUGAAGACAUGGACUACUUUCUUGGCCAGAUUGAGAAACUUGGUCAUGAUAUCAUUGUGUGAGCUGUGAAACAAGGGAUAUAACUUUUGAAGACAUGGACUACUUUUUGGUCCAUAUUAAGGAAUCUGGUCAUGAUAUCAUUGUGUGAGCUUUGAAACAAGUGAUAUAACGUUUGAAGACAUGGACUACCUUUUGGACUAUAUUUAGACAUUUGUCAUGAUAUUUGUGUGUGAGCUGGAACCGUUUUCCUACCUAGAGUUCCUUGCGGCCAGCCAAGUGCCUUUGACAUAGGCCAGCGAUAGUUGACGAAUCGCCACGUCUUAUAGUCCAUUCAACAAAUUAAAGUAUGCUUUUCAUGUGUUUUAUUAUUGAAAAGUCACAUUUAGAUAAAAAUUGGUCAUGAAACGGUUAACAAAUAUCCCAAAAGGUGUAAAACAACCUCCAUUUGCGUAUUUGUCCUGUGUUUACAAUGGUUGUAAAGUUCCACGUGCUGACAUCGAAACCCGACGAAUAACCACGAGACGAUCGUAUUGAUCAUAUCUUCCCGAGGCAAAAGAGUUAACUGACUGCAAGGGAGUUAACUGACAGUAAAAGUCC